AGCUCGGGUCACACGGGUCGAGAGGCUGCAGGGAGACGGUCCGGUCCCACACCUGAGAGACACCUGAGAGACGCUCACGCCACACCAGGACAAGUGCCUUCUCCUCAACUUUCCACAGCGCUGACACUGAACAGCCCCGACCAUGCGGAGUGCGCGGCUGUGCUUGUGCCUGGCUCUGCUGCUGCCGCUGUGUGCCCAGAGCCAGCGGAGCCGCCCGGCCCUGGCCCGGCUGCAUGAGGACGCCCAGCGGGACGCGCUGGCCUUCGACCUGCUGGACUCCCUGCUCCGGUCAGAGCGCCACCUGGAGCUCCGGCGUGCCCGCGCCCCCCGCCCGGCCUCCCAGGUGCCCAAGAGAGCCCAGCAGGGCUCCCGCUUCGCCCUCUCCCUCGACGUCCCCACCAGCAUCCUCAGCGUCCUCAUAGAUCUGGCCAAGAACCAGGACAUGAGGACCAAGGCGGCGGCCAAUGCCGAACUUAUGGCACGAAUAGGCAAAAGGAAAUGAAGCUGACGGAGGAAAAUUUCCCCUCAGAGCAAAGUUAAACCAUCACGGCAACCUAACACCUAACAGACCGCUCAUUCUGCAUCCUUUAGAGUUCCCAUCCAUUUCACUUUUAUACUUUUACAAAAUAACUUACAUCACCUCAUUUUACUCACAAACCACGACACGGCGUGACUCUUGCAACCCGAGCUAGACAGAGUAAUGUAAAGCUGUAACGUGACUAGGACUCUGCCGACCACGUGAGCAACGCCAGGUGAAGCUGGUCUUGUUUUUGAGAGCUCAUUCACCACUGGACCACAGGGGCGUCAGUUGGGUAUGGUUAGCUGCCACACCUCGGCU